UGCAUCAUGCUGAGCAUGCAUCUACACUGAAGGAGUGUACACAUUUCAGUCAGCACAAACAGCGCUUGUACAUAAUGUAAAGAAUAACUUUAACAAAAUCCACACAGAGAACAUAUUUUUGAAAAAGUGCAUAUCCUUACAGAUAUCCCACAAAGGUCCCCGUAUCAUUCGUUUUUGCUCGAGCGGAGUCUUCAACUUCACUUGUUUUGUAUUCCUCUAAAUCCAGCGGACCGCUCUUAUUGGUAGGUGCGAGCGUUACAUCACAAUGAUUAUGACGCGCCGUCUUCCUGCUUCCUUCAGCCGCGUCUUAAAGUGAAUCUUGUUGGUGCGAGCGCGCGCUCUCAGCCUCCUCCUGGCCGCGUGCGCUGAGACAUACAGUUUUCAUGCAGAGAGAGGAGCGGCGCACAAGAGCUCUUUCUCUAUCUCACUCUCUUCGCUCUCGCUUGUCCCGAGAAAUUACAAUAUUCAUCACAGGGCGAACAACCCUCUGUAUUCUCUGUUACACUAUCGCGAAGAAGCUCAAUUCGCUCUCAUCUUCAGAGUUCCCAGGGUUCUCGAGCUGUGCCCAGCUGACAGGCUUUCAAAGAUGGCAGAAUAACAGUUCCAGUGAUGCCUGACCAUGACAGCACAUCCCUCUUAAGCAGACAAACCAAGAAAAGAAGAGUUGACAUAGGAGUGAAGAGGACUGUUGGGCAAGCAUCUGUGUUUUUCACCCAAGCAAAAGCAACCUUUCUUAGUGCCAUGAAUCCCCACGGUUCCGAGCAGGAUGUUGAGUGUUCUGUGGUGCAGCACACAGACGGCGAGAAGUCCAACGUGCUUCGCAAGCUGUUGAAGAGGGCGAACUCUUAUGAAGACGCUAUGAUGCCCUUUCCUGGGGCAACCAUCAUCUCCCAGCUUCUGAAAAACAAUUUGACCAAAAAUGGUGGCAGUGAGCCUAAUUUCCAGGGAAGUGGCCUCUCGAGCACCGGUUCAGAGAUCCAGCAGGAGGAUGCUUGCAGCAAUUCCUCACGGGGCAGCCCUCAGGAGUGCCUUUCACCAUUCAACAGGCCCUCCAUGACCCAAUUUGAAAUGGAGAGGCUAACAGAUGAGCAUCUUAGGGCCAAACGAGCCCGGGUGGAGAACAUCAUCCGUGGGAUGAGCCAUUCUCCCAGCGUCACACUCCGUGCAGGUGAUAAUGAGCGCGAGGGGGUAGCCCAGCCCCCGAGUCCUCGUGAGAACUACCGGGAAAACAAGCGCAAGCAGAAACUGCCACAGCAGCAGCAACAGAGUUUCCAGCAACUCGUCUCUGCGCGCAAGGAACAGAAACACGAAGAACGCCGGCAACUGAAACUGCAGCUGGAGGACAUGCAGAAGCAGCUCCGGCAACUGCAAGAAAAGUUCUACCAGAUUUACGACAGCACUGACUCGGAGAACGACGAAGAUGGAAACAUCUCUGAAGACAGCAUGCGUUCUGACAGAAUGGACAAUCGCGCCCAUGGCUCUGUCCCAGAUCGCUCCGACAACGAGAUGUCUGAUGUGGAUCCGGGGCACUUCCUGGAUCGAGCAUGCGCACUUAUUCGGGUGCAGAACAUGGCGACAGAGGGGGACAAACCCAAGCGUGAUGGCUCACGAGGAAAGAACCAGGGACCAACCUCCAUGCAUGCAGAGGGCAAACAGUUAGCAGAGACACUAAAACAAGAGCUCAAUACAGCAAUGUCCCAAGUAGUGGACACCGUGGUGAAGGUCUUUGCUAAGCCUCCACGCCCAGUUCCUCAGGUUUUCCCACCCCUGCAGAUGCCCCCUGAUCGUUUCGCAGUCAAUGGAGAGAACCCAAACUUCCACACUGCCAACCAGCGCUUGCAAUGUUUCGGUGAUGUCAUCAUUCCUAAUCCUCUGGACACUUUUGCUAGCAUGCAGGUGCCCAACUCGAAUGACCAAACGGAGGCCCUGCCUUUGGUAGUGAGAAAGAACUCCUCAGAUCAGACUGGGUCUCUUCCCACACCUGGGGCUCACCACCAUCCCUCCCUGCACCCCUCACCCUUAUCUUCCACAAUGGGCUUUAGUCCUCCCUCUUUCCGCCAUCCUUUCCCCCUUCCUCUAAUGGGCUACCCUUUCCAGAGCCCCUUAGGUGCCCCAACAGUGCAUUACCCAGGAAAGGAUAGGUCUUCUCCUGAGUCUCUGGAUCUGUCCAGAGAGACCACCAGCCUACGGACCAAGAUGUCGUCCAACCACCUCAGCCACCAUCGUUCCAUCUCACCAACACACCCAGGGAAUGAAGGCUUGUCCUUGUCCCUCAUCAAAUCAGAGUGUGGAGACCUUCAGGACAUGUCUGACAUCUCUCCAUAUUCAGGAAGUACAAUCCAAGAGGGGCUUUCUCCGAACCAUCUGAAAAAGGCCAAGCUGAUGUUCUUCUACACACGCUACCCCAGCUCCAACAUGCUGAAGAUGUUCUUCUCAGACGUGAAGUUCAACCGCUGCAUCACAUCUCAGCUGAUCAAGUGGUUCAGCAACUUCCGUGAGUUCUACUACAUCCAGAUGGAGAAAUUUGCUCGGCAGUCCAUCAACGACGGCGUGACAGGGACAGAAGAGCUGAGCGUGAGCCGGGACUGCGAGCUUUUCCGCGCUCUUAACAUGCACUACAACAAGGCCAACGAUUUUGAGCAGAUUCCGGAGCGAUUCCUGGAAGUGGCACAGAUCACGUUACGGGAGUUUUUCAAUGCCAUUGUGGCAGGCAAAGAUGUUGAUCCUUCCUGGAAGAAGGCCAUAUACAAGGUCAUCUGCAAGCUGGACAGUGAGGUCCCAGAGAUUUUCAAAUCUCCCAAUUGUCUGCAGGAGCUUCUGCAUGAGUAGUGAUUUGAAUUGCUUUCCAAGUAUCAUCCCUUCUUUUCCAGAAUCUUUACAAAGUAAGAGGUAGCAUUCCUAUUUUUAAGUCCCGGCUACUUUUGAAUGACUUAGCUGUAAAUUAUUUUUUUUUUGGCUUCUUUUUAGGAAAGUCUAUAAAAUUCUUGAUUGUUUUGACUGUAUUCAAUCCUUACCCCCUUUUUCCUUGCCUUUAAAACGGGCAUUACUAUGUUUACCACACAAUGGUUAACAAAUGGAACUGACACCCUGAUUUUCUCUCUUUUAUUGGUCAUUUUUUUUGUUGAGGGCUUUGUUUUAUCCCCGGAUGUUUGCAAUGUGUGAUGGUUUUACUAUUGCUGAAUAAGACUUGCAUUUGUAGCUUGUAUAGAUGUAAUUAUUAUUUAUGAUUAAUAUAAUUAUUACCAUUAAUGUUAUUAAUGCUUGCUGCAAAAAAGGAAGAAAGGAAAAGAAAGACAAAAAAUUGACAUGUGGUAUUCUUGUUUCUCAUGGCAAUGCUACAGAAAAUAAAUUAUUCUUUGGACAAAAAAAAUAAUAAUAAUAAAGAGGGGUAUACAUUUUCUAUGUGGGAAAUUCAUAUAUAUAAUAUAAUAUAUAUAUAUUUGAUGUUAUUCUUAAAAGAAACAGUAUUAACUGUUCUUUGGUUUAGCCAUUCUUCUAUGUUGGCUAGGGUCCAAUGUUCUUGUGUUUUGUGUCCACAUUGAUAGCACUGGCUCUAGGGA